AUCUAUUAGAGGCGUUUAAUGAGUUGGAAAAUGCGUAUCCUGAAACGCUGCAGAGAAGAUGGGUUUGAUCCAUAUUUUCAAGUAAUUUGUGGACCGAGUUUUCAUAGCUCACAACAGCCAUAAAAUUGGCUCAUAUUAUUUUAGAGGAACUGGGUCAAAAUCCAAAACCUUAGAUAGAACCUUCACUUUGGGACAGAUUUCAUAGACUUUAGUGCCCGAGUCUGAGGAGCAUUGAAGACUUGAAUAUCAUCGCUCAACUGUUGCAGGUGUCUACAUAAUCUUCAUCAUUUUUUUCGGAUUUUCUUCUUCAUCUGCCUUGAACAUGGCUGCUGGAGAUGGAGUUUCUCGCUCUUUGCAGGAAACGCCCUCUUGGGCUCUGGCGACUGUUUGCUUCAUCUUCAUCUCCCUCUCUAUUUUUAUUGAACACUUGAUCCAUCUCCUUGCCAACUGGCUCCGGCGGCAUAAAAAGACUGCCUUGUUAGAGGCUGUGGAGAAGCUCAAAUCAGUGCUCAUGCUCUUGGGGUUCAUGUCCCUAAUAUUAGCAGUAACCCAAAAGUUUAUUUCCAAAAUAUGCAUACCCAACAACGCGGCAUACACCAUGCUCCCAUGUCGAAAAAUCAUAAAAAUCAAAAACACAAAGGCUCUAGGACAUAUGCAGAUUUGGAGCCACACAUUUCAAAACUGGUCAGAAAGUAGUGUGUUUCAAGAAAGAAGAUUGGCAGCCCAAAGCAGUGAAUCUUCUGAUUAUUGCAGUUCCAAGGAUAUGACUUCUCUUAUAUCACCAGAAGGGAUGAAUCAGCUCAGUAUCUUCAUCUUUGUCUUAGCAGUUAUGCAGAUUGUUUACAGUGUUCUCACAAUGGCUUUAGGAAGGGCCAAGAUGAGGAGAUGGAAAGCUUGGGAGAAAGAAACUCAAACGAUAGAGUACCAGGCUGCUAAUGAUCCUAAUCGGUUUAGAUAUACAAGACAAACGACAUUUGGGCGUAGGCACAUGACUAAUUGCACUGAAACACCACUUCAUUUAUGGACGAAAUGUUUCUUCAGGCAAUUCUUCCGUUCUGUGGCAAAGGUUGACUACCUCACUCUUCGCCAUGGCUUCAUUGCGGCCCAUCUGUCAGUAAAUAACAAGACUUUCAAUUUCCAGAAGUACAUACAACGGUCCUUGGAGGAUGAUUUCAAGGUUGUAGUAGGCAUCAGCCCUGUGAUGUGGUUUAUAGUUGUAAUCUUCAUCCUCCUUGACGUUCAUGGUUGGCAUGCAUACUUGUCACUUUCAUUUCUCCCACUGAUUAUAGUGCUAGUUCUUGGAACCAAACUUGAAGUAAUUGUUGCAAGAAUGGCUCUGAAACUCAAAGAUAAGAACAGUACAAUCAAAGGAACGCCUCUGGUUCAGCCCAAUGACGACCUCUUCUGGUUCAGUCACCCCAAGUUUGUCUUGACCCUUCUACAUUUGACCCUAUUUAUGAAUGCAUUUGAGCUUGCUUUCUUUGUUUGGGUCACGUUGACAUUUGGGUUAAAGUCUUGUUACCAUGAAAGGAUAGAGACCAUCAUCAUUAGGGUGGUUCUAGCGGUGACAGUUCAAGUCCUUUGCAGUUACAUCACCCUUCCUCUCUAUGCUCUUGUAACACAGAUGGGUACAAAUUUUAAGAGUGCCGUGCUAGAAGAGCAAACAGCUAAUGUCAUAAGGCAAUGGCAUGCCACAGUGAAGCAAAAGAGGAAAAAACAAAAAGAUCAUUCACAGUCUCUUCACGAUUAUUCAACCACUACAUGGGGCAGUAGCAGAACCAGUCCCCAUGAUCUCUCUCCUCAUCGUCGAUCACCAAACUUCAGUACUGAAAUCACAGCUAUUGGCACUGAAAGCGAAAUCAUACCAGACCAUCAACAAGAAAUAGUUGUCCAAGAUGAACAUACCCCAGCUGAUCGUACAGUUUCAUCCAUUGCAGUACAAAUAGAAAUGCCAGAGAUUUCUAUAUCCCGAACUUAAGUUUUAUGGAGAAGAUGAUAUUCUUAUAACUGCAUGAUAUCUCUUGUUUUGUAUACUUGUGAUUUCAAAGUUUUUUUCAAUGUAAAUUUUUUUGAAACUCUCAAUUGGCCCCAUCAUCUUGAAGAAUAUUACUAUCUCAUUUUAUA